GCCAAGCAACGCCCCUUUCGACUCACACGAAAUUGCUGUCAGAUUGCAGAAGAGUAGAGGGAUUUCCACCAGAAAUCAACGAAUCUAUUCAACCGCAAAAAGUUCGCGGUAGUGGUGAGCCAUUCCCACGGCUUCACAGCUGCCCUUUGCAGCAAACCCGCAGGGCUGCUUUUCCGUCGCAGUGCUCGCUCCAGUAAUCAAUCUCAAGAGAGACUCAGCACAUCCUUGCGAUUUUAACCGCAUCAGUUGGAAUUUCUUUUUUUUUUUGCGCGUAAGCAAAUACAGCGCGUUCAAAAUACUUCACUGCUGUUCCAUCUUACUUGAAACUCAAUUAUAAGUUCAGUUCUUUUUUCUUGCCUUUACCACAACCUGUGGCAGCCGCGUUGAACCAAGCAGAACGCCUUUUCAUUAGCAAUCACGCGCUCUAGUGAUGGACGUCACGUCAACAGAAAGGCCAAGAUCAACAUCUUGCGCGUCCAUUCUGACAGCGCUUCUCAAAGAAUUUGAAGACUGGCAUCGACAUUCAGCCACCGCACAGAACAACAGCUUACAGAAAGGCAGCGUGCAGCAGAGUCUGCUUUUGGAGCGUUGCGAUCCUGUUGCCCAAAUCGUGCAGAUUUAUGGGACGCGCAGUAAUUUGGCGUUCUUGGCGUCUCACCCACGAGCACGGUUAUUCGCGGAACUCCUCGAGAGCAGAUUCAGCAGCAAUGUGUUUGUGACACUCGCGUGGAAAGAUGAUCAGCUUGUGAGUGUGAUAAAGCCGUUUGGUAUUGAAACUGUAGCUGCGGCCUUGAAGCCAAUUUUGUGGUGGCUCUGCCGCUGUGCUCUUCCAAUCUGUCUAGACUUAGGAUUUCUAAUAGGAGACGUCGAUCUUACAGAACUCGGUGACGCAAAAAUCUGCAGAAUUGUGGGAGGUGACGCACUGACCUCUGUGACGGUUUCAGACAAGCUAGUUCCAGUUUUGCAGGAGCUAGCGCUGUCAGCUGCUGCCUUUGUCUCACUUGCCACCGCGCCGUCGAAGUUAUUACGACUUCAAACACUUCGUCUGCGCAAUUUCUCAAUUGCACACCUCCAAGUGUUACGCACUGUGCCGCAUGUAGAAGAGUUACACAUACACGGGACAAUGGGAUGGCUUGAUGUGAGUCAACUUGACUCAGCGUGCUGUCUUCGACAAUUGUAUGUGUCCAGCACCGAACUGCUAAGCAUUUCCGCCCUUUUGCAGUGCCCUCGCCUAGAGCUCAUAAGCGUUCAUUCCUCUUCGCUGAGAAACGUCGCGAGCAUCACAGAAAUUGCUCAUCUUCGUAAAGCCGUUAUUAUUGAAGUUGCACUGUCGGAGCUGCCCAAUUUCGCUUCUUCAAAGACUUUGGAGUGUAUAUUUGUGCCGUGGUGCAGAGAUCUCACAACUUUAUCAAGUUUGGCCAAUUGCUCAAAUUUAAGCAAAAUCGUUGCCUCUGGAAGCGGUGUGUGUUCACUGGACGGUCUUAGCUCCUGCCCGGUGCUCGAUUCUGUUGACUUCAGCAACUGCGAUCGUUUAUUCGAUCUCUCGCCAUUAUGUGGUGCGCCACAGCUACGCAUCCUCUGCGUCUCAGGCAGUGCAGUGCGGAACAUCAGCGGCUUGGCAGCCUGUCCGUUUCUAAGCGAGCUGGAUGUCAGCUGGAGCAGUGAUUUAGAGGAUAUCUCACCCGUUAGCGGAGCUCCCUUUUUACACACCGUCAAGGCUGCCUGCAGCGGUGUGCGGGUGAUAGAGGGCCUUAAUUCAUGCAAAACGCUGCAAUACGUUUACUUCAAUCAUUGCGAUCAUCUCCACUCUCUUUCUCCCCUUGCGGAAGCACCGUCUCUAUGUAAAGUUUAUGCGAAGGGCAGCGGUGUUUGCGACGUAAGAGGCUUGGAAACGUGUCAGCAUCUAAAAGUACUUGACUUAACGCGGUGUAAAAAUAUUGCGCAUGUACCAGCUGGGCUUUCUCAUUUUUUGAAAUGA